AUUCCAUUUUGUUAUUGGAUUUUAUAUAAAUUUUGGAAAACAAAAGAUGGGCCAAGUUGGAUACGGGCCGGUCCUUGGGCCGGUCCUUGGGUUUUCAGCAGACCAUAAGAUCUCAGUAUCUUAUAUAAACCGUGAUCGGGCGUGUUGGGCGAUUUUGGAUCUUGAUCGUUUAGAGAUGGAUCGUGAUAAUAAUGGCAAAGAUAGAUGCCGUUAUUUCCGCAAAAAGUUAUAUAAGAUGGUGGAUGAUCCUUCAACGAAUUCAAUAGUUUCAUGGAGCGAUAACGGGAAGAGUUUCAUCAUUUGGAAUGAAUCUGAGUUUUGCAGAGAUGUUCUUCCAAUAUUCUCACAUUAUAAGGAGAUGGCACCGUUCAUCCGCCGGCUUGGAAACAUGGGCUUUAAGAAGAUGGAAUCUGAGCAAUGGGAAUAUGGAAGCGAUGAUUUUGUGAGAGGUCAUCCUGAGCCUGAGCUUUCGCGAGAAGCAGUGAGAGCGAGACUUAAGGAGUUGGCCUUGGCUUCAAGGAAUGGAGGACAAGCGGCUGAUCACGCCUUUUAUGAAUAAAUCUCUCCUCGUUGGAGUGGCUACUUAUCAGUAUCUUGGUUUUCUUUUAAGAUGAUUUUCUUGUGUGUAUCAAACCCUCAAGUGAUGGAACAAAGUGCUCUAUAACCUCUUUAACUUUGUGUUCGAUCUAUUAUUUUAACGUCACGGUUGAAACUCUGUGUUUAGUCUAUUUCAACUUAUGGUAUGAACAAGCGAUCGUUAUGUCUCUUGUUUCAUCAGUUUGGAUGAAGAUGGCUAUCUUCAAUUCAAGCACUGAAGACUCUGUUUGAACAAUGUGACUGUAUCCAUUUGUCAUGGAUUUACGUUAACUUUCAGUGAUCCACAGCUAGAUUCCAGUAUAUAAUGUUGGCUGUGAAGAAAACGAAACAGGGCGUCUUGUGUAUAUCCAUCUCUCUAUUGGCCCAGUUUUGGAAGCUCCUGAUGCAUAGUGUAUUUGUUUUCUUCUCAUUUUUAUAAAUUCAUCACGGUUUG